AAGAAAAACUUAUCAAGAAAAGAAAAGCACCUCCCUCCUGUUCAUCUUUCUUCUUCCUUUCCCCUCCCCAUUUCUUCCUGUUUCAUCUUUAAUAUUGGGGAGGGAAAAGAAAAAAGCUUUUCAUAUUUCUGGGUAUUGAUUAUUCAAUUCAAGAAAACCCACAUCAAUAAUCUUUAUUGAUUAAAGAUUCAAUCUUUCUUCUUCUUGUUUGAUUUUGGGGGUUGAAGAAAAUGGAAAUUGAUAACAUUGAAUGCGUUUCAGUAUCUGAUGGAUUAGGAUUAGAUGAUGAAAUCCCACAUCAUAAUAACAAUCGUCAUCAUAAUCAAAAUAAUAAUAAUGUGCCUCAGUUUUCAUCAUCUUUGAAAACACAUCAUCAACAUAAUGUAAAUGUUAAUGUUGUUCCUGCAACAACAAUCAAUCCCACAACAAGUGUUCAUGAGCUUCUUGAAUGCCCUGUUUGUACUAAUUCUAUGUACCCUCCUAUUCAUCAGUGUCAUAACGGACACACAAUUUGUUCCACCUGUAAGACUCGUGUUCACAACAGGUGUCCAACAUGCCGACAAGAGCUAGGCGAUAUAAGGUGUCUUGCAUUAGAAAAAGUGGCCGAAUCACUUGAAUUUCCAUGCAAAUACUUCUCCUUGGGAUGUCCUGGGAUCUUUCCAUACUAUAGCAAGUUGAAACACGAGACAGUCUGCAAUUUUAGGCCAUACAACUGUCCAUACGCUGGAUCGGAGUGCUCUGUUGUUGGAGAUAUCCCUUUUCUAGUUUCUCAUUUGAGGGAUGAUCACAAAGUAGAUAUGCACUCUGGAUACACUUUCAACCAUCGUUAUGUCAAGUCUAAUCCACGUGAAGUUGAAAAUGCCACAUGGAUGCUUACGGUCUUCAACUGCUUUGGACAGUACUUCUGUCUCCACUUUGAAGCGUUCCAGCUCAGCAUGGCACCUGUUUACAUGGCGUUUCUCCGAUUCAUGGGUGAUGAAAAUGAUGCACGAAACUAUCGAUAUAGCUUGGAAGUCGGGGGGAAUGGCAGGAAACUCACAUGGGAAGGCACCCCUCGGAGCAUAAGAGAUGGUCACAGAAAGGUUAGGGACAGCCAUGAUGGGCUGAUUAUACAAAGGAAUAUGGCUCUCUUUUUCUCUGGAGGAGAUAGGAAAGAACUCAAGUUGAGAGUCACGGGCAAGAUAUGGAAAGAAACUCCUAAUGCUGAUGGUAGUAACGUAUGCAUUCCAAACCUAUGUAGUUAACUCACUUGUUUGUUCUGUGGGGACCAACUUCACAUAUCUGUAAUCUCAAUGAAUUGAAGCUAUAGAUGGAUGACCAAAGAAAUUGGUGAAUGGAGGUGGUGUAUUUUUAGUAUUGUGUGGGAAUUUUUAGGGCAGUGAUGCUAUUAGUGUAAAAAUUGUCUUUGUAAUAUAAAGGGAAUUUAUAACAAUUUAGCAUUUCUUCCCUACACCGAGAUGUACGAUUCUGAUAAAA